AUGAAGUACUCGCUCCUUGCAGCGCUGAUCGCGCAAGCGCUCGUUUCGUGGAGAUGCGCUACGGCCCAAUCAUCCCCGAGUUGCAAGGAUGAAAAUGGAAAUGACAUUGACUGGUUCAUCAUAUACAAGCUUCCUCACAACACGCUUCAAUCAUUCAAUCCAACUGGAGGAAAAUUCGCAUACGUGGACGACAGGAUCAGCAAGAACGGACUGACUUAUUGGCCGCUGUCGAAUCAGGACCUGUUCAAAGCUGAGAACAACCCAGUCGCCAACACGCUUCGGCCACUGUACGAGAAAAACCAGAGAAAGGACAUUCUGUACUUUGUCUACAACGACCAGCCACCAGAAGCCUACAAAGGAAAGGGGAAGGGGAAGGGCCAUAGCAAAGGCGUCGUCCUGUUCGACGACACCGCUGGCGUGUGGCUUCUGCACACUGUGCCAAAAUUCAUGGAAGGGCUGAAGAGUGGAAGCUACAAAUUGCCGGAUAGUGCCAAAGACAACGGCCAGAUGUUCAUGUGCGUCACGUUCAAAACGAAGCAAGUGGAGAAGAUCGCGAAGCUCCUGCUCACAGAGAACGCUAAAGUCUACGAUCACCAGCUGGCAGAUUGGAUGAAGGAGAAUACUUACCCCGAAGUGGAGAGGCUCGCCCGUAAGGAGUUCGUAAAGGGUGACCACAAGUACAACACCGACCUUGAAAGCAACGGUGGCCAGCGCUUUCGGGCGUACGCCAAGGCAGCGAAAGCAGAUACAGGGUGCAAAGUGGUUUACAGUGACCUGUUUCUGGAACAAAAUUCAUAUCGCGAGAUGGGACCCGACGGAGUGGCAGCGUAG